UCAACCUCCGUGUGAUAUAUUUCACUGAGGACGCAGAGCUACUUCGCAUAGUAUGGACGAGUGUUGUGGGCUCGUAUAGUAAAGCUACGGCGCGACGUUUGCCUUGGCCAGCACAUCGAUGUCCUAUGCAACCGUCUCAGCAGUUGCCGCAUGGGUCGUUAUAGGUGACGAGAUGGUACAGACCGCCGUACCUCACACCACGCCCUCCCUGCUAUUCACGAACGAGCUGUUUGCGUUCUUGCUCAUCAUUGCAACAGUAUCUUUGAUGGGUGCGGGGAGCGGACUGGUGCUGACUCUUGCGGCGGUGUUGAAGGAUGUGUUGUUGGUCACGGGAAGCGUGGUGAUUUGGGGUGGAGAUGUGGGUGUAAUACAGGCGUCUGGAUACUCGAUAGCGUUGUGCGGAUUGGUGCUGUUUAAGGUAUCAGGCGGGAAGUAAGCGCUUGGCGCUUCAUAUAGAGUUCUUGCACGAUCUAGAGCGCCUUGUUUAUCAAUUACCCUGCUACCCGACUCGCUUAUGC